AUGAAGUCGCUCGCUAUCAAUAUCCUCUUUGCGCUUAUCAGCGUAGGUCAAGCCAAGCCAGUACAUCCCAGAUCAUCAUCCAUUGAAGCCUCCUUGGAGCUCGGUCCUCUGGAUGCGUCACUAUUUUCCAGCCAGAGUCAUGAUUCCGAGGGCCAUGACCCCGGAUGGCGACCGUUCAAGCUGACAUGGCUCGAAACUUUCGGUGGCGAAGCUGGGACGUCGCCAUCGUCAGACAACUGGAUCUUUUCCUUGGGAACACAGUAUCCGGGAGGCGCUGAGCGUUGGGGCAACAAUGAGUUCCAGUACUAUACCAACUCAACGGAGAAUUCGGUGCUUACUGGGAAAGGAACGAUGAAAAUCAUUCCCCGAGAGGCACCUCGUUCGCUCCGCAAUGACACAGUCCAUUAUACCUCGGCGCGCCUGGAAACACAGCGGACGGACUUUGCUGCGAAAAGGGGCGGCAAAAUGUACAUCAACAGCCGCAUCAAGCUCCACAGCGUUGACAAGACGAAGAUGCAGGGCGUCUGGUCUGCCUUCUGGGCACUGGGCGAUGAGUGGGACCUUCUCGAAGUUAUCAAUGGGGACCCGAAGAUUUAUGGCACUCUCCAUUGUGGUUUUGCGCCCGGGGGCCCAUGCAACGAGUACAGCGGCUUAGGGAACGGAGGCGUGUCUUGGGAAUUUGAUGCUUGGAACAAUGUUGGCUUCCUCGUCGAUCGGGCGAUAAAAGCCAACGAAACAUGGAAGAAUGAGAGAUUGGAGUGGUAUCUGAAUGGCAAUUUAGUCCACAAUAUCACGGGCGCUGAUGUUGGCGACUUCGAUAACUGGGAAAAGAUCGCCCACGACGGGCACUUCCUCCUCCUCAAUGUCGCAAUGGGAGGCAAUUGGCCGGGACCCCCAAACAACAAGACUGUGUCAGGAGAACAGGUCGCAAUGGAAGUUGACUAUGUGGGGGUAUGGAACUCAGCCCACUAG